CACAACUGAGAAACCAUCAUGUUCACCACACUGGUAGCUGCUGCCCUCGUGGCCCUUGUCGCUGCUGACGGCAUCCCAGACUUCGUUGUACCUGGAAGAUGCGCUAAAGUGGCCAACCAGGACAAGUUCGAUCUUCGCAGGUACUCUGGCCGCUGGUAUCAGACCCAGAUCAUCGACAAUGCCUACCAGCCAUACACUCGCUGCAUCCACUCCAACUACGACUACUCUGACUCUGACUACGGCUUUAAGGUGACCACAGCUGGAUUCAGCCCCAACAACGAGUACCUGAGACUGCAAGGCAAAAUCUACCCCACAAAGGACUUCCCAGCUGCCCACAUGCUCAUUGAUUUCCCAACAGUUUUCGCCGCUCCCUACGAAGUGAUCGAGACUGACUACGAGACGUACUCGUGCGUGUAUUCCUGCAUCGACUGGAACGGCUACAAGUCCGAGUUCGGCUUCGUCUUCUCCCGCACCCCACAGACUUCCGGCCCAGCGAACGACAAGUGCGCUUCCGUCUUCCGCAAGAACGGAGUCGACUUCGCCUUAUUCAAUGACGUUGCUCAUACGGCCGAAUGUGUCUACAGAGCUUAGAGUUUAUUUCACUACAAAGAUUAUAAACGAUAUUUUUAUAUAAGAUCAUGUGACUAUAACAAAUUAUGUGUGAAUGUGUGUGCGUUUCUAAUAAAAUCUAAAUCAAUAUAA